AUGCCCGACUUACUUCUUCCACCCCCUUACCAGCCACUCAAACCCCUCUGGUGCUGGCGGCUGCGCUGGUGCUGGUUCCUGGUGCUGGCGGCUGGCGCUGGGCUGGUUCCUGGAGCUGGCGGCUGGCGCUGGGGCUGGUUCCUGGUACUGGCGGCAGGCGCUGGGGCUUGUUCCUGGUGCUGGCGGCUGGCGCUGGGGCUGGUUCCUGGUGCUGGCGGCUGGCGCUGGGGCUGGUUCCUGGUGCUGGCGGCUGGCGCUGGGGCUGGUUCCUGGUGCUGGCGGCUGGCGCUGGGGCUGGUUCCUGGUGCUGGCGGCUGGCGCUGGGGCUGGUUCCUGGUGCUGGCGGCUGGCGCUGGGGCUGGUUCCUGGUGCUGGCGGCUGGCCCUGGAGCUGCGUUCGGCCGCCACUCCCUGCCCUUCUUCCCUCACCCUCCCCACAGCGACCGCCGCUGCACAUGCGAACAAGCACGACGGGGGAUGGUGA